GCUGAGGAGCGCAGCUCAGUGCAGACACGAAGACGCUCCUCUUCAUCUCCUCCUCUCCUGCCGCGCUCCUUUGGAUUUCAUCCUCCGGUCACAUGACUCGCGGAUUUACUGCCGCCGUGGAAAAGUUUGCGUCCACGUCUGCGUGGACACGGAGCAUGGACGCGCCGCGGGAGAAGCUGUGAUUCAUUCUGGGAGGAUUUGGGCAGAGGACGCGCGUGGAGAUGCACAGAGCGUGGAUUCUCUUGGUGCUGGUGGAAGAAGCCUUGGCUCUGACGCAGCGGACCAAAGACUCGCUGAGCGAUCACAGCAACCAGAACCCCAACCAGAACGAAUGUGGCACGUGGGUGCGCAACAUCAACGGCGGCGUCUUCACCUCGCCCAACUACCCCAGCACCUACCCGCCCAACAAGGAGUGCGUGUACAUCCUGGAAGCUCUGCCCAGACAGAGGAUCCAGCUGGCCUUCGAUAAGAACUACUACAUGGAGCCGUCCUUCGAGUGCCGCUUCGACCACAUCGAGAUCCGCGACGGCCCCUUCGGCUUCUCCCCGCUCAUCGAGCGCUUCUGCGGCGGCAAGAACCCGGGCCUGGUCACCUCCACGGGCCGCUUCAUGUGGAUCAAGUUCACCAGCGACGAAGAGCUGGAGGGCCUGGGCUUCAGGGUCAAGUACACCUUCAUCGCAGACCCUGAUUUCCAUCUGCACGUGGGCGGACUGCUGAACCCCAUCCCAGAUUGCCAGUUUGAGAUCGGAGGAUCCGACGGAAUCAUCCGCUCCAGUCAGGUGGACAGUGACGAGCGCGUGAAGCCAGGUGAAGCUCUGGACUGCAUCUGGACCAUCAGAGCGCCGCCACAGUCCAAGAUCUACCUGCGCUUCAUGGAGUACCAGAUGGAGCACUCCAACGAGUGCAAGAAGAACUUUGUGGCCAUUUACGACGGCAGCAGCGCCAUCGAGAACCUGAAGGCCAAGUUCUGCAGCACCGUGGCCAACGACGUGAUGCUGGAGAGCGGCGUGGGCGUGGUGCGCAUGUGGGCCGACGAGAAGAGCCGACUCAGCCGCUUCCGCAUGCUCUUCACCUCCUUCGUCGACCCGCCCUGUUCUGGCAACACCUUCUUCUGCCACAGCAACAUGUGCAUCAACAACUCUCUGGUGUGCAACGGGGUCCAGAACUGCGUGUACCCCUGGGACGAGAAUCAUUGCAAAGAGAAGCGAUCCAAGGGUCUCUUCCACCAGAUCACCAAGACGCACGGCACCGUCAUCGGCGUCUCGUCUGGCAUCGUGCUGGUCCUGCUGAUCAUCUCCAUCCUGGUGCAGAUGAAGCAGCCCAGGAAGAAGGUGGUUGCUCGCCGGCCCGGAGUCUUCAACAAGGCCGGCUUCCAGGAAGUCUUCGACCCGCCUCACUACGAGCUGUUCUCCCUGCGUGACAAGGAGAUGUCGUCGGACAUGGCCGACCUGUCGGAGGAGCUGGACAGCUUCCACAAGCUGCGCCGCUCCUCCACCAUGUCCCGCUGCGUGCACGAGCACCACUGCGGCUCCCAGGGCUCGGUGGCCACGGCGGGCGGGAGCAUGAAGCACAGCCGCACCACGCUCAGCUCCAUGGAACUCUCCUACCACAACGACUUCUCCAAGCCGCCGCCCAUGAAGACCUUCAACUCCACCGGCAGCUACAAGAAGAGCUGCUACGGCUACAAGCAGCACUCACAGACUCACGACUGCGACCAGCAGGUCAUCGAGGACCGGGUCACCGAGGAGAUACCCUGCGAGAUCUACGGCCGCGGCGCAGGAGUGGGCGGAGCCACGGGCGGGGUGCUCAUGAGCGGCGGGGGCCCCUCGGGAAUGGCCGGAGGAACCCUCGGGGGGGCGGUGGGGAUCGCCGGAGGGGUCUCAAUGGGAGGGGCCAUGGGGAUGCCGGGACCCAGCGGCAUCACCGGAGGCAUCGGCGGCGGCAUGGCCGGCACCAUGGCCGGCACCAUGGCCGGGGCCUGUGGAACCCUCGCCACCCUGCGGGGCACGAGCGCUCGCAACAGCACCGCCAUCGUGGAUCCCCAGCGCUCCAUGUCCAUGGACUUCUAGGCCGAAAGAGAAGAACCACAGACUGAGCCCGGCCUUGGUUCCGUGUCUCCUUCAUCAGCAUGCAGACUUCUCCACCGAGACACUGAGGGAGUCGCUCCUGCCACCCGACGAUAUAGCAGCGCUAGUGCCAAUAAGUUAUUCUCUAUUUUUGUCUGUGUUCUGUGAAAAAACACCAGUAUUUACCCAAGCCCCGGGACCAACUGCACCCGGUCCAGACGCCCGAGGGAUCAGAACCCUCCACACACCCCUCACCCGUGCUCUCCUCCUGUGUCCCCGCCCCCCGCUGGAAGGAGGCUCCUCCCCUCCCACAGACCAUCUCCACUGAGUCGCCGGCGUGUGACCAGGGGUGAAUCUUUUGUUACUCUUGCAGAUGUUUCACGCAGAUGACAGUGAGGUGAGACUGGAGCAGGACGUGUGACCCCCGGACGCAACCGCUCUGACACCGUGAAGCACAAGAGCGUGGAACCAGGAGGCGUCCCUCACGAAGCCAGCACACGCUCCCCCAGGCACGGGCCGUCACGUCCCGCCCGCAGACUCUUGUGAGGGGCCGAAACACAGACGAAUGAGGGCCGUCACUGGAAAUGUGCUGCUGAAAAUGUUGCGAAACCAGACGGGACAAAAGGAAACAACAGGGUUCGGUUUAAAAUAUGUCGACAAUGUGUUAUUAAAGUUAAUAUUCCUUUUAUUUAAAAAUUCUGAAUCAUGAAGAAUAGGCCCAUGUAGCAGUGAAUGUCUUGCUAACAGAAGUGUGGGUAAAUCAUGUCGCCGUCAUAGAAGGGCACUUUUUCUCCAAUACAUUUACUCAAAUGAGACGAGAUUCAUUGAAUUCAGCAUUUAAUACAACUAUUUACUGGAGGAAAUGUGGGGAAAAAGUCCUAAACAUUUGUCCAACAGUGGUGAGUGCAGUGACCUUGUGGGCCACACAGUGGUGCUAUAACUCGUGAUGAGCUGGUGAGGCUUCAUGAAACAGUGUCCUCAUGUUCUGAGCCACUGGAUGGCGCUGUCCGCCCUGAAAUCUUUGGAUCUGAGCAGCCAUUUGAAUGAAACCUUGCAUCAACUUCAGGCUGGGAGCGCCACCUGCUGAGCUCUGCUGUAUCGUGAAGCCUCAUCACCCUGUCACUCACAGCACGAGCAAUUCAAGGCUGAUUUAGCAUGUGCUGUUGACUGGUUCACCCAGCCGGGAGCCUGUUCUCGGGUUUAAAUCCAAAUAACUGGAUCUUAAGUCCACUGGCACCUGAUCCUCAUGAGCCACAGUUUUCCUGGGGCGACGUCGCCUCUGCUGGCGAGAGGCUCAUGGCUCGGCCUGAGACGUGGAGUAGAGCUGAGGAUUCUGCUGAGACAGGAACAGGAUUUGGAGCUCUGCCUGCUCCUCCUGCGCUCACCCCGACUCAUGUCCUGCCACUGGGAGGUCCGGCUGGUGGAAGUCUUCUCUGCAGGCUCACUGGAGUGGACGCAGCCCGAGAGCCCACCCCACCCCCCCAACCCCCAGCGACGACAUGGCUGUUACCACAUGAAUAACAAUGUAGUUUUGUAGCGAGGCCACGCGGGGAACACAGAGGCUUAUUUUAGCUUAAAAAAAAGGAGGAAGAGCGUCCGGUGUGAUUUUAGUGAAACAGUGUGAUGAACCCUCCCAACCGUUCCCUCAGAUGUGGAGUCAGACAAGCACAAGCUGUGUCCCCCGAGAGACCAGUGCUGGAGCCACUGACGCCUGUUUGAGUUCAUCGUGUUUGAUUAAAGAGAAAUUCCUCACCAGCGCAUGAAGUGGUUCUUUAGCAGGUGAAGCUGCCGAGAGACUCGUUGUUCAGUCUGAGUGGAGAGGAGGGCCAAGUCAGUGAUGAAGUCAUGAGGCUUCAUGAAACCGUGUCCUCAUUUUCAGAGGUCUAGAAUGAUGUGUGGUUUCAGUGUACAAAUCCAGAGAUUUUAGAGCAGACGGCGCCAUCUGGAGGGCUCUGAAAGUGAGGCUUCAUGAAGCCUCAUCAGCCUGUCAGGAUCCUCUGUCUUGUUUGUGCACCAUGUGUAACCGCAUCACGACUUCACUCUUCAGUUGAGUUACACUGAUUUUAUCCAGGUUUCACACGUGUCACUGCCCUAUUUGCUUCUUCAUCCCAUUUUGCUUCCAGGGCUCAGGUUUAUAACGUCAUUUCCUGUCCACAUGCGCACAUGGGUGCAGCUGCUUGACACAUAAAUUAGAAUAUAAUUAGCAACGUCAUUAGGCCACGCCUCACUACACACUCGUAUUUCAUCAAGAGAAGCAGAAUUUGAAUUACUAAAUUACUACGCCGACGCAUUAA